AUGGUGCAAAGACGGCGGUGGGCAGGUUUGUUGGCAGCUUUGAGCGCUUCAGUUGCUGCUUCGCUUGCUUUUGUGUCGCGAUGUCAGAUGCAUGCUGCCAGAGAUGGUGGAUGGGUGCAGCGCCAUGCUUGCCCGAAGCUGGAGUCCAGACGACAGAUCACAGAGCAGGACCUUGUAGAGGAGAAGCGCUCGGUUCGACAGCUGCUGCUGAACAAGAACGGUGCUGUUUGGCUUUGGCAGAUGUUCUGCACAGAGAAAGGGCAGCGAACUGCCGACUUGAUUGACAUUCCAGUGCAGCUAGCCGCGCAGUUCCUCUCCGCAUUUACGGGUGCCCAUGCCGCGGUGGAGUGGGCUUCCGAAGACCUGAUCAGGGAGUUGAACGAGGAGCGCAUGAGCCCUUUGGCACAAUGGCAUUGGGCCAACUACUGCGCGCGGAAUUGUUUCAGCAUCCGAAAUCCACGCAACUUGCCAUCUGCGGUGGUGACGGACUUCCUUGAGCGGUACCGUGGUGGUGCCUUCGGUGAGGUGGCUCUGUGCUCGGAGGAGGUGGCCAGCAAGGCGAAAGAUCUGCAGAAGAAGGGCGGCACAGAGCAGUGGAAGAAGUAUGUGCGAGACAAAGACUUCCGGAGUCUAGAUCCGCUCAGCUAUCCAGAGAGCUUCGUGCAGGGCUUCAUAGACAACUUCGACCCACAGGACCUCGACGACACAAUUCCCCGCGAGCAGAUUCUGUCCAGCAGGAGCAUUCUCAACAGCGCUUUGGCGCGUCUGCUCAAGGGCUUCUCUCGCGAGGAGGUGACCUACGAGUUGGAGAAUCGAGACGUCAAGAAUGCCAAACAUAGGGCCACCCUGGUUCUUCCCGGUCGAGCGCAGCAGAUUCUGCCGGAAUCGUUUCCGAGGGAAUUUGUCGGCGACUGGAAGCGAACGGAUGGAGCUGCUGUUGAAGAUGCCGCACGAGAAGCCGUGACAGCUUUCAAAGCCUAUGGAAUCGCAUAG